AUGCAGAAGAUUGCCCCACACCGGAGCAAUUUUCUGAAGCUGCACAAGAAAGACACAGGAAAACUUCCAGUUCAACCUGUGGUGAACCCGAAAGGUCAGUAUAUAAUUGAUGAGAUCACUCCUCCAAGUGGAUUAAAUCUUGAGCAAGUUCAAGCAAUCACCACACUUCAAAAUGGAAGAGUUGUGGACAAUAAGGUUGAUGAAAAAGCUGAAAUUCUUGCUCUCAAGAAUUCAACUUCUUCAUCUAAAAAUCUGAAAGAUAGUCCAGAAAUUCCAAAUCCGCCAAUCCAAAAUAUUGAGACAUCUUAUGAGCCUAAGGCUCAUUUUCCUCAAUGCCUUAUAAAGUCCACACAUAUUGGGAAAAAGGGCGAUAAAAUUCAGGAUAUGUUUGAAGUCUUUAAGCAAGUAAAGAUCAACAUUCCUCUCCUUGACGUCAUUAAGAAAAUUCCACCUUAUGCAAAAUUUCUUAAAGAUUUGUGUACUCAAAAACACAUUUCUAAGAGCAAUAUUCCAAAAAAGGUGAGUUUAACUAAGCAAGCAAGUGCUAUCAUUCAGCAUAAUACACCUCCAAAGUUUAAGGAUCCGGUUGCCUCGACAAUCUCGUGUGUCACUGGAGACAAUAAGAUAGAAAAGGCCCUUCUUGACUUAGGAUCAAGUGUAAAUCUGAUUCCUUACUCAGUAUACUUGCAACUUGGUUUAGGAGAACUCAAAUCCACUUCGGUUGUCUUACAACUUGCGGAUAGAUACGUAAAGCAACCUCGUGGUAUCAUUGAAGAUGUACUCAUCAAGGUGGACAAUUUCUACUUCCCGGUAGAUUUUAUGGUUCUAGAUACUAAACCAGUUCAUAAUCCAAUAAAACAUAUUCCUGUAAUCUUUGGUCGGCCUUUCUUAGCUAUAGCUAAUGCUUCAAUAUAUUGCUGA